CAGCUGACAGGCGCAGAGACCAGAAGAGAGAGGACCCUGACGCACUAGAACCAAGAUCCGCGAACUUCGUGUUGGUCCAGGACCCUUUCCAUGAUAGAGACCUCCUAACCUCAUCUGGGUCUGCACUGGCUGCUGCUCCACUCCAUCCGCAGCAUGCAAACCAUUAUGCAUCUAAUCAGAGCAGUAUUUUAAGCUUACUCUCCAAGCAACAUCUCUGCAAAAGCAGUGCAAGCUGGUGAGAGACGUCUGCUCCGGACCCUAAAGAGUCUGGAGUCCUUCCCAGCGAAUUGUCUCUCACCCUGCGGAGCACGCCAGCUCAAUUACUGGAGAAGGAGGUUGGUCCUUGCCACCGCCCUCCCCUCCUGUCUUCAGUAGGAGCGGGGAAGAGGAGAUCUGCUUCAGUGCGCACGGGAGUGACCAAGUGCAGCUGGCUACCAGGGCAGCGACCUGGACGCGGGUCCUUUCCCCCUCCCGCGGCUACGGCCGCCCUGUGCGCGCUGAGCCCAGCGCUGGACCAUCCCGGCAGGGCCCGCGGGUGACAUCACUCCUGAAGAUACUCGCGCUCUGGUCCUUGCCUUGACAAAGCCUCUGUGUGUUUGUGGGUCUCUGGAGAGGGCUUCCUGGGAAGAGAGGAGGACGUUGAGCGGCGACCGACCAGACCAGAGGAGGCAGAAGACCAGGAGAGAGUGAAGGAGUACCCCAGAGGGCGGCGACAUGAAAUUCAACGCUGCACACUACCUGCUGCCCCUGCUGCCUGCACUUGUCUUCAGCACCAGACAGGACUAUGAAGAGCUAGAGAAGCAGCUGAAGGAAGUCUUUAAGGAACGAAGCACAGUCCUGCGGCAGCUGACAAAGACAUCCAGAGAACUGGAUGGGAUCAAAGUCAACCUUCAGUCUUUGAAAAAUGAUGAGCAAUCUUCCAAAAUGGAUGUUCAGAAGCUUCUGGAGUUAGGCCAGAAACAAAGGGAAGAAAUGAAGUCUCUCCAGGAGGCCCUGCAGAAUCAGCUUAAAGAGACAUCGGAGAAAGCAGAGAAACAUCAGGCCACAAUUAAUUUUUUGAAGACUGAAGUGGAAAGAAAGAGCAAGAUGAUCCGUGACUUACAGAAUGAGAAUAAAAGCUUGAAAAACAAAUUGUUGUCAGGAAGUAAGCUGUGUGGGAUUCAUGCAGAAGAGUCGAAAAAAAUCCAAGCCCAACUGAAAGAGCUCCGUUAUGGGAAGAAGGAUUUGUUAUUUAAGGCCCAACAGCUCACCGAACUGGAACAAAAGUUAGCUGUAGCCAAAAAUGAACUUGAGAAAGCAGCUCUUGACAGGGAAUCACAGAUGAAAGCAAUGAAAGAGACUGUACAACUCUGCUUGACGUCAGUUUUCCGUGAUCAGCCUCCUCCUCUCAGUCUCUUCCCAUCAAAUCCAACACAGAUGUUACAUCCAUCCAGGACAAUUGCUUCCAAGAUUCCAGAUUCGAGGACAAAAAGCAAGCCACAAAAAAGUUCUCCGGGAAACCAUGAAAGCUCCCAAGUUCAGUCAACAAAGGAAGAGACAAAGAGAACCUCUGUGUGUGGUCCUCAAGAUGAGGGUAGUUCCUGUUUGGUGAAGCAUGAGGAGGGUCCCCAAAGAAAUGUCACUGCAGCAUCAGAGCCCACAACACAGAAAUUGCAAAUGCCUCUUUGUUCUGAAUGUGAGGAGAAAAAGGGCCCGGAAAAACAAUCAGCCAGUUUUGAUGCAACUCCAGCUAGAGAAGAAAAAAUACUGUAAAAAGGAGGCACGGAGUCAGAGCUUCUCUUUCCUGCCAUCUCAUGUUUCUAGAGUACAGGCUUGAUGGGAACACCAUGUUUCUAAAGCAUGCAACUUUUUCAAAAUUUUAUGUAUCUUUAUAAUGUGGAUUACCCAAAAAAUUCCAGGCCAAUUAUGAACUUUAGCAAUAAUCUAAUGAAAAGGAUUUCUUCACUUAUACACAUAUCUAAUUGUCCUCCCUAAAAUUACCCGGUAUAAAUUGAUCUGUUUUGAGCUGAAAUACAACCUUACCAUUUCUUGGUCUUUGUGUGGAUAUCCAGUACUUCUAAGGUCUAGUUGCUAACAUUAGCUGGAGGAUGCUCAAAAGUGAGUUCUCAGUGUGUUUAAAAUCCAAAUUGCAUACAUAUGAAGGUUUUGGUCAACAGUGGCCAUCUGGUGUCAUUUCCUCCAAAGUUGGGAUUUGCAGACCAGAAUACAUGAUUUUAGACAUUUAUUGCUUGGCUCAUUACAUUGAUUUAAUAACAAUUUGAUAUAAAUUAUGCCCAGUUAAUUCUGUCAAUGAUAAGUUAAUUACCAGAAUUCAUUAGUUAGAUUUAAUAUGCUAUACAUACAGAAUGAAUGUCAGAUAUCUUUCAUACUAUUUUUAAGUUUUAAAACAUUCAUUAUGCAUAUUCAUCUAUAUUGUUUCAAGAUGUGAAUCAAGCUGUCUGAAGUGCCAGUAUUUUUUUUUCUGAUGUUGGAUGAUAAAAUUUAAGAUGGGGGGAAAAUUCUAAAAUAUUAACAUGCAAGGUGUCCAAAGAUAUUGUAGAACUGAGGUUUGAUAAAUGAAAAACAGAAUGGAAUCAUUUUUUAAAAGCAAUGAUGAUUUAGCUUUCAUAUAGGAUUCUACGAGAAUAUCACUGAUCAGAAGAACCAGGCUCAUCAUAAUUAAAGCAUAACUCAUAAUCAAGAAAAAUGGAUAUAUAAAUAAUGAUCUACUCAAGAUCCCACUUGGCAGAUAAAAAUGAACCAACAGAUGAAGUCAGGGAGUCCACACUGACUGAGUACAUUCACUUCUGUUGGAUAAACACAUUUUGAAAGUUCAGAAAAAAGAAUAAACCACUGGCUGUAUAGAAUUAAUCUGUUAAGCCCCAAUUAACAUCUUCAAACAACAUAGCCCAAAAUCAAAAUACAUUAAAAGCAAUCAGUGGUACUUAAUGUCUAAGAUCCAAUGGCUUUAAUGUGAUAUGUUCAAAGAAAUUUAUGGAGCUCUAGAAUUUAGUGAAAACAUUAGUAGAGAAAGGAACAUCACCAUUUAUUAAUUCUACAUGCAGAUAAAUGUUUGGGGAUUUUGUCAGUCUUUCACUCUUUUAAAAAUAAAAAUAUGUGAUUCUAUAUGUUUCAUAGAUUUUUAGAUGAACUGACCAAGAUAAAAUAUAAGACCAGAAUACCAAAUUUAUACUCUCCACAUCUCCAGUCCUAUCUCACUCCACCCCCAGUUUCAUAAAAUAUUAGAACUUCUUGAUAGAAUAACAGGCUUAUAGUUUUUUCUUUCUUUUUCUUUUUGAAGCAAAAUCUCAUCUGUGUCAAGUUAGGCUCAAAAUUACUACAAAAUAGAGAAUGACCUUGAGCUCUUUAUCCUCCUGCCUCCACCUCCCAAGGGCUGAGAGUUUCAGUCACUCGCUACCACUACAGUAAUGAAAAAAAUUAAUUCAGUUUUAAUUUAGGGUUGCUUUUGCACUCCUGUCUAGGGAAUUAAUUUCCUGCCUCAACCCAGUGGAUCCUACAGAAUGUUAGUUGCAUGUUCUUUCUAGGAUUCAGGUUGUGAGAUCUGUGACACCUUGGAGGAAUGACUGGAUAGAGUUCCAUGUUAGAGCAAACUUGUUUUCCUGUUGUGUACUUCCUUUACUUUGACUUCCGGUUCUAGAAUGUGAUAGCCUAAUCAGUCUGCUUUUCUUAACUCUUGGAAUGAUAAAAUGGGUUUGAAUCAAAUGGUAAAAAUUUUCUCCUAAAAUGUGUAUAGUCAUGUGUAUCCACAGGUCUUCUCUAGGUUAUCUGUCAUAAUAUUGGUUAUCUGUCAUAAUAUUCACUCCUAUAUUUGACAGAAACACCUUCAGAACAGGAGGUUGUUUCCUAACAAUUUUUAAAGAACAUUAUGAAAGUUCUUCUAGUACUUUGAUACGGUUGUUUUUAAUAUGAUUUGUGAUUGUUCUUUAAUUAAUGUGUUUUAUCUCUCUUAGCCCUUUCCUUGCUUUGAGAUUGGACCAGAGAUGUUUAAACUAGUUUCCAUACCCAUGUGGCUAUUCCAUAGAAGUGAUGCCCAUAUCCUAUUCUUCUUAACUAUCAGCUUUACACUAGAUAUUAUUUUGAAUAUUAAUAUUUAAACACAGGCCAUUCUCAUAUGGAAAGAAUAUUAUCCAAUAUAUUGACAAUACAUGGUGUGAUUAGGUUAUAUACUUGCAAGGUUAAGUGAAGAAAUACAACUUAUAUUUUACAGCUGUGCAUUAAUUACUGUUGAGGACACCCCCCUGUACUUUCUAAUGGAAUAACGUAUUUAAUAUGCCCUUCCACAACUAAGAACACUUUUUCUCUAUUUUAUAUUAUAAUAUAAUAAUUCAAUUUAAAAUGUGAAUCAAAUAUAAUGUAUUCAUUUGUAAAUUAGCAAACUUUUUGAACUUUUGUCUUUCUUUGUAUGUACAUAAACUAUGUCAAUUAAACUAGUGCCUAAGACCUGUGAGCCCCGAAUGAGCACUGACUGUGUCUAUUCAAUAGGACGUGCCCAGAAGACGAUGGUGUCAGUCAUUCAUCUGGAUAGAGAUUUCUUCACAAUUCAAAUAUUUGAAUGCUGAAAAUACUAGUGGCUGACUUUGUUUCUGUCUUUGAGCAGCUAAGUGGCACAGCAUUGCUGCUUUACCAUAAUUGUGUUUCAUAAAAUACACUGAAGUACAAGCUCAAUACAAUUUGUUUUUUGUUUUGUUUUGUUUUGUUUUGUGGAGCAGAUGUUUGCUGUUUUAGAUGGACAAGGUGUAUAGCUUGGCUGAAAUUAAAUUUGUGAAUUUGCUACAAGGGAAUCUUUUAUUUUUAUAGCUCAGGUAAUGUAAUUAGCACUAACUGUGGCAGAGGUGGAAAGAAUAAUUGACACUACAGAGUAGGGAGGGCUGGCAGAGUAAUGCACACGAUGCUUGUUUCCAUAGGGGACUGUACUUUCAGAAGGUCUACAUCCUCGAGCUAUGUAUUCAUCUGGAUUGUGUCACGUAAUAUUAAUGGUCAAGUAAUGAAAAAUAAAAAGUGCUGAAAAGUG